AUGGCCCACUUGAGUCCAGCCGUCAAUCUUAUAUGGGCAGUGCUUACAAUUAUGUUUGAAUCCUUUUUAGUUUAUCAUCUCUGGUCCUUUGAUCGUUUCAAAUGUCUGAGGUGGAAUCAUGGACCGCGUUCUGGCACAUUCAAGCGGGUCAUGACGUAUUCCUAUUUAACCAGUAUUCCGUUUAUCGCAAUCUACGCUAUGGGUUUCUCCAUCAUCAAAUACAGUUAUGGUUUCACUGUUAUUCCCGGGAUGGGUAUCAUGCCCACUCCGUAUGAGCUUUGGCGCGACAGUGCACAAAGCGCAAUACUCCCUCUGUACCUGUCUCUCUCAAUUGGUUGGGCAUUAGAGAUGGUAACACACCUAGAAGAGCUGUGUUUUUGGCUUUUCCUGAUUCGCUCUAGCUCUGCGAAACAAGAUUGGUUCCGCAGCCUAUAUUUCAAAAUAUGGGCGACAGGAUCUAUAGUCGCAGUCAUUUAUAUGCCCCUUGUAACGGUUUUCACGCGGGAGGACCCCUACAAGUGCGAGGCUUACACAUUCUUGGCUGGGAGUCUCGGAAGCUUUUCUUUGACAAUAUGGUUUCUUCCGAUUUUGUGGACAUUCCCCACAUUCCUCGAGAGCCUGAAACAAGCCGAUGUUGAUACGAAUACAAUGGUUAAACUUACAAAGUUUCACGAGCUCAACUGUAUCCGGGUCUUUUUUCGGUUUCUCUUCACAGUUCCGUUGGUAAUAUUGGGCAUCGAUGGUGUCAGACCGCAUCAGCACAUCAAUGAUAACAUGUGCGUGUGUUACCUAUUGGGGAUUAUUUCAGUUAUAGGUUGUGUUGUAUCCUCUGGGAUCACUCUUAUGAUAUUCUUCCCGCGCUCAAUCAAGGCGGAAAUGGCAAAUAUGGAAGCAGCUCGCGAGCUCCGCCGAUUCCCCCAAUCAAACACAUUCGGAAAAGAUCCUAUGAAUGUGCAGCGUGGAGAUCCACAUGUGUCUACAUAUAAACUGCCUCUCUAUGAGGCAGUAGCUCUCGGCCACUCGAUACAGAAAUUCCCAAUCGAAGACAUGUCGGACGAGGAAAAUACAAAAUAUGGGCCGUACGAGAUGUCACCGUCACUAUCCCUGCAACCAAAUCGCAGAACAAAGGAUGGGCAUGUGAAAAUGGGGGCUGCCUUCACUCUCACCGACGCUGCCCUGUCCAAACAUAAUACAGUCAUGCGGAAGUCGAAUAUAAAUCAUCUUGUGUAUAACUGGCGAUCACCACUUGAAGUUGAAGAACCACCGCUUUGGUACCGGUGAUAACAAAUGAUUUGGCGGAAAAAAAUACACCAACGGGAUUGACGUUUUAUUUCAUUUUACUCGCUAUGGACUACCAGCUACUUAUGCAUAUGUGUUGCCUCAUCAUUCAUUUUACUUCACUAAACAUGUCCCAGUCAAAACUCAGGCUAGAGCUGAACUAACAAUAUUUAAAAAUAGUAAGUACAUGCUGAUAAUAUCAAUAAUGGAUAUGCGCAACGCCGUACGGCCGUAAGUCUUUUCGCAAAUUC